UUUGUUUUGUUUGUGAUGCAUUUGUUUCCUGUGUUUGGUUACAGAAGUCUCAUUUCCUACCGCCAUGUUUGUUGUUGGUUACAGAAGUCUCAUUUCCUACUGCCAUGUUUGUUAAAGAAAGCACUGGCUGUGACUGGAGGAGGUGGUGUAGAACAGGCAAUGGAAUGGCUUUUAGCACAUGCUGACGAUCCAGGCAUCAACGACCCACCUGCGGAGGAUGUAACAGGUGCUGCAGCUGGGCACAGUCUUGGUUCUCAAGAGGGUAGUGAAAAGAUGGAGACUAGUGAAUACACCCAGAAAGUAAGGAGUCCUGGUGCUCCAUCACCAGCCCAGCAAAAAGCUGAAGAUGACCAGGAGAAGCUUCUGCAGAAUAGUGGACGAGAGCUGCUCAAACACUCUAUCUCUCAAUAUUGCACAUAUUCGUGCAUUCCACCUUCACCAUCCCCUCUACUGAACUCUAAUCUGUUCGUCUUCUAG